AUGCAGGCCUCGCAGUUUGAUGUCGUGUAUCGAGGGGCAAAGGACAUUGAGCAGGCCAAGCGGCACGAUUUGAGUGCAAACAAUGCGGCCAUCAAGACCAUCCUGGACCAAGGCGAGCGCGAGCCCAUGCGCGUAGUGAUCCAGCCGGGUGGGAUUCGCGGCACUCACCCCGGCGGUCGCGUGCAAUUUGAGGCCAAUAUCAAUAAUGUCCUCCUUGCUGGCAACCGGGCCAACUUCUUUGUCGUGCUGCUGCGCAACUCAGUGUCGGGCUCACGACAAGAAGGCUCACACACCGUCCACUUGCUGGAGGGUCAACACGCUGAGGAAGCAACUGAAAUGUGUGACCUGCUCAAUAAGUACUGCCGAGACUUUGUGAACAAGCUCAAAGGCAAGGAGUGCGCUAUCCCCGGCCCAUCCUCCUCGUCUGCCCCUUCUGAACCACAAGCUAUUCCCAUCGAGUACAAGGUUCCCACUCGGCUCGCCGAGCCACGCAAAGAUGCCAAAGUACAAGCAGCCACAACCGCCGAGCCGGAUGAGUAUGAAGCGCAAGCGUUUACAGCGUACGAAUACACGCCCCCGGUAUACAACGGACGGGUGAGCGUCUCGGCCCAAGGGCAGCUUUUUGCCGUUGAACGGGCCCGUCGACGACCUUCAGGUCAAUACGGACCUCAACAUCUGCCACCAAGCGACUGA